GGAGAUAGAGAUAGAACUGCCUCCAAUACACAACAAGUAGAUGACCCUGCACAACUCCAAGCAGGAUCUAAAGGGGGCAAGGAUAUCACAUGUUUUUUGUACUGGGAGAUUAUUAGCCACCUCUUCCAAGUCUAGCAGUGGCAGUGGUGUGUGCUAUUUUUUAUUUUGGGGGGGGAGGAAAGGAUCGAGUUAUAGUUGAAGAUUGAUCUUGCUUCACUAACAUUGCUAUCGGGGGGGAGACCUGGAAGACACUGCAAGACCCAUGGAGAUGAAGUUCAAAGGUUUUUUAUGCUUCUGUCUGAAAUGGAUGGAUUGGUUUUAUCCAUAGGUGUUUAAAAUAAAAAAAAAAACACUUAUAAAGCCAGAUGGAAAAUGGGAAGCUUCAGCUAGAGAAUAAGGGAUACGAAGUAACUGAAAGGGUCUCACUGGAUUUAUACAUGACAACUGAAAGAGCUGAAAAACCUGGACUUCAUGCUGAAGGUUUUGUGGACAUUAAGUAGUGACACAGGUCUAAGACAUACCAAGGGCCACGACUCUUGCACUAGACAGGGAUGAGUGUUGGGAGAAUAAACCUUUAAAGCAUUGUAUCCUCAGAAGAAGACGGCCUAAGGCUGAUCACCAUGCCUGGAGUAAACGGUUUCGGAAAUGGAAAAAUCCACACCCGGAGGAAGUGCAGGAACAGGUUUGUGAAGAAAAAUGGACAGUGCAAUGUUCAAUUCGCCAACAUGGAUGACAAGUCUCAAAGAUACAUGGCUGAUAUGUUCACAACAUGUGUGGACAUCCGCUGGCGGUACAUGCUGUUGCUCUUCUCCCUUGCCUUUUUGAUAUCAUGGCUGGUGUUUGGAUUUGCUUUUUGGCUAAUCGCCCUCAUCCACGGAGAUCUAGACAACCCUGCAGGCGAUGACAACUUCAAGCCUUGUGUUUUGCAAGUCAACGGCUUCAUAGCUGCUUUUCUUUUCUCCAUUGAAACUCAGACUACUAUUGGAUAUGGGUUUCGCUGUGUCACUGAGGAAUGUCCUGUUGCCGUUUUCAUGGUGGUCUUUCAAUCCAUUGUUGGGUGUAUUAUCGACGCUUUCAUGAUUGGGGCAAUCAUGGCAAAGAUGGCACGGCCAAAGAAGAGAGCCCAAACCUUACUUUUCAGUCAUAAUGCUAUAAUAGCGAUGAGGGAUGGAAAGCUUUGUCUCAUGUGGCGUGUCGGGAACCUUAGGAAGAGUCACAUUGUUGAGGCCCACGUUAGGGCUCAGUUGAUUAAGCCACGCAUUACAGAAGAAGGGGAAUACAUACCCCUUGACCAAAUAGACAUAAACGUUGGGUUUGAUAAAGGUUUAGACCGUAUCUUCUUGGUUUCUCCAAUAACAAUUAUUCACGAAAUUGAUGAGUGCAGUCCUUUAUAUGGCAUAAACAAACAGGAAUUAGAAACUGCAGAUUUUGAAAUUGUGGUCAUACUUGAAGGGAUGGUGGAAGCCACCGCUAUGACAACCCAAGCUCGUAGCUCAUACCUGGCAAGUGAGAUUCUGUGGGGCCAUAGGUUUGAACCUGUUCUCUUUGAGGAGAAAAAACAAUACAAAGUAGACUAUUCCCACUUCCACAAAACCUACGAGGUGCCCUCAACUCCACGCUGUAGUGCCAAGGACAUGAUUGAGACUAAAUUCCUGGUUCCUAGUACCAACGCCUUUUGUUAUGAAAAUGAACUUGCUUUUAUGAGUAGGGACGAAGAAGAUGAUGAGGCCAGCCGAGUACUGGAUGACUUGAGUCCAGACAGUAGGCAUGAAUUUGAUAGACUACAAGCCACCAUCGCACUGGAUCAGAAGUCAUACAGGCGGGAAUCAGAGAUAUGACCCCUAACCAUUGACCUUGUGUCAGGUUUUUUUGGUUUGUUUUGUUUGGUUUAAUGAGUACAUGCAGAACAAUGCAAGUGCCAUCGGACAACUUAACUGCUGCAAUAACAUUGAGAGAUCACAUUAUAAAAUCAGUGGGCAAGAUUCUUAUGAAUCUAGAAGAGUAAGCAGAAAUGCUGAAGCAAAAUACAAUUACCAUAUGUUGUGGUAAAAAAACAAAAACAAAAAAUGGCUUCCUGGAAGUGUAUCCGAGACUAAGAAAUGAUCUUGUUUCUUAAUGAAAACUUGAAUUUUUUUUGUAUGAUUGCUCAAGCUGAAAGCUUAAAAUAAAAUAAUACAAAGAAAUGUAAUAUAGAAAUGAAAGAGAUUAUUUAGCAUUGAUCUGUAAAUAGGUUGCUUAGGUAAGUUAUAUGUUGUAACUUAACAAUUGGAAAUGCAGUGUUUUUUGCCUGCUUUUUUAAGCUCCUAGGACACCAGCGGGAAUGCAGUAUUGCCACAAUUAGAGAUAAUAAUGCAGUUAUCCACAUUUUAAAACAUAUACACAAAGGAGCUGUAGAUUUGUGGUGCAUGCAAAUUUCCUUGGACUCACACUGCAACAAUGCACAACAAAUUAACCACACACUCUGAGAGACUACUGUAUUGGCAAGCACAAUUUACUGCAGAAUAAGUAAAAUUACUGGUACAAGAAGCUUGACAAAACAGACACAAUCCUAGUAAAGGAAAGCAAUAUUGCCAUGAAUAGAUCAAUCAUUUUACUACCAUAUACUGUAAAAUAGUUAUAAACUAUGUGUAUUCACAGGUGAGCUCCUGAAUAUAGGAGAAGCAGUGAACUUAGUACUCAACUGAAACAAAUACUUUCUAGUUCCUUUAGUUGAAUUACAAUAAUUAUCAGUAAAGUAAAAUAAGUAAAGUUUAAAACGUACAUACACUGAUUCAUAAAAUUCUAACUUGAAAAUUAACACCUACUGAAUUGCAUCCAUUUUAAGGACUUAUUGUCUGAAAAGUUUGAUAUCUAGUCAGCAAUAUUAUUAUGGGUAAUCGGGAUAUGCACAUUUCAGCAUUACAAGA